GUCAGUUCAUAGUAGACCAGCUUGGCUCCGAGAAUUCCCAGACCAAUGCGCUGAAUGCGACCAGCCUUCAGACAUGGUACGAGGACUACGCCAAGAAGCGGGCUGCCAUGGGUGUGCAUGUGAACUUCAAAGAGGUGCAGUGCAUCCUCUUCAACCUUUUGGCAGCUGCUGACUUGGACCUGGACAGUGCAGACACCAUGAAUCAGCUCCAGCCAAUGUUUCCUGUGCUUGACCGUGGAUGGAUGGUGCCGGUUCAUGGUGCUCAUGGCAAAGAAUUGAAUGCCGAAGCCAGGCUUCGUAAAGUCAUCGAUGAAUUCCAGGAAAGCCCAGGUUUCCUUGCCCGAUGGGCCCUUGAUGAAGCCCGCAUUCAAUCGAUUUUGAACGUGGUGAUUGGUACCUCUCCUGGCACCCGGGAACUUAUGCGUGGCCAUCUUCACCGGAACAAAUGGAACGAAUCAUGCUUUUCGUCAGAUGUCCUUCGCAGACCUCGCUGGCUCUUGAGUGCCUCCUUGAAGGGGUCCACAGAGAACUGGAAACAAGUCUUGACUGUGGAUUCUGACAAGCAAGAAGCGUUCAUGCGGCUUGUCAUCCACCAAUUCAGUGAGAAGACCAGGAAGGUUCGAGCUACUCAGAAAGGUCGCAUGCGGCUUUCCCCUGCUGACUGGGAUGCUUACUGCAACUUCGCUUGCGUGUUCGGAGCAGUGAAGCAAGAGGCGGCUCGGUUGGGGUCCAAGAAAGCUGAUUGCCUUGAGAACUUGGACAAAGCGUUCUUGGCCUUGGAUUACUUUGAUGAAAUCCAAGCUUCGAUCAACAUUGCUUCAAGUGAGUGGAAGAUUCAGAACCUCUGUGUUUGGAAUGACUUGGUGGUGGAGACCGUGGCUGUCACACAGGGUCAUGGCCCAUCUGAUGAUCGCUCGGUGGAGGAAUAUGAGGUGGGUGUGGAUGAAGUUGCCUUUGUAGCAUGGACCGACUACACGAAGCUUGGGGUCUUCAACCAGGCUAUUCCGGAGAGUGACUAUGUCUGCCCAUCUGCAGGCCUUCAGUCCAAUGAUCAAAGGCGCAAUUGGACGGACUAUCAGGAAACUGCCCAAUGGCUGGGAGGCAUCGACAUGCCCAAGAAGAUGCUUGAUGCCCUUGGACUUGGUGGGAAGAAGGCAAUCCUGUUCCACAGCACGCUGUAUGAUGGUGCGCUGGAGCGAGCUGCCAUUGACCUUGGCGUGCCAACGUUUGGGAUUUCCUGUGAUCUGAAUGCAAUCAAGCUGUCCACAAAGUCAGUUCGCAACAUGCUCCUGGAGGAAUGGAAAGCAGGACAUGGCAAGGCCGAGUAUGGCGGCGUCAAGUUUGUGGCCCAGCCAGAUGCCGCUGCUGAUGAUGGAGAAGCCGAGCCCACUCUGCAGUUGUGCAAAAUUCUUGGAGAGGGGGGUGAGAAAGUCCUGUCUGUGCCCACGGAUGUUCGCCAGAAGUGGCUUGCAGAUCCAUCGCAUGCACCAGAGUGGAGGUGCUUGUUGCGCAGGUUUGAUGCCAAACAUGGAGUAGCACCUGUUCCGCACGAGGGCCAGCUGGCCAUCCAGGCCCCAGCUGCCGAGAAUGGAGCCCCGUCUCCUGAUGCUGGUUGGGGCACGAUCUUCGCAGAUGAUCCCAAGACCAUUGCAGCUUUGGAGCAAAAGUUCCCAAAAAUUGCUGCUAGCUUUACGCUUUCUGAAGGUGAUGGUCUCGUUUGCUAUGUUGUUGAAGGGCCUCAGAUCUUUGUGGCUGCACCAACCAAUGCUGGGAGCUUGCUGGGGUCCCAAGUGAUUUUGGGCCACGGUGGUGGAAUUUGGCUUUUGGACGCCAAA